AAACAACCCUCCCCUUCCCGGCGAUCGGCAUGUGCGUUCGGUAAUUGGCGACCGCGAAAGAGAGGUAGCUUUGAAUUUGAAUGUGUCUAGAAGUCCAUUCUCACUUCGCUUAGAGUGAGAGAAGAGAAAGGCGAAAGUGAAACAACAGAGUACCGUUUAUUCAGCUUAACUGGAGCAGACGAUAUGUCUUUUCAGAAUAAGAGUUUUUGGAUGUUAAAGGGUUCUGGGCUUGCAACUGAUGGAGAAGCAGCUUUUGAUAAUUCUUCCAGAAUUAAAUCAAAGCGGUCUCAUAAUUGGUUUAUUGAUGCUACUGAAUCACGGUUGUUCCCAAAUAAGAAGCAUGCCAUACAAGUUCCAAAUAGUGAACCUCAUGGAAUAUCAAACUCUAGCCCCCCGUGGGAAAACAAUUCCAGUUUCCAGUCAGUUCCAAAUCAAUUUAUUGACCGGUUGUUUGGAUCUGAGUCUGGAAUGCCUGUGAAUUAUGCUGACAGGGAUGUAUCUCACAUUGGAACAGAUAAUGUGGAGAGAAAAGACAUUGAUGAUCAUUUUGAUGAAGAUGCAUCUGUUGGUUUGUCAAUGUCUAAUUCUACAGAGGAUCCUGAAACAAGUUUCAGCUAUGGUGGUAUCAGAAAAGUCAAGGUCAAUCGUGUUAGGGACUCAGAUAAUGUUAUGCAUGCUGACAAGGAACAUAAUUUGAGCAGUGAAAAUAACAGUGAGUUAUCAACACUUAUGACCUUUAGUAGAGAAAAUGAAAGUAGUUUCAUAUCAAUGGCUCAGACUUAUGAUAAGGAGUAUGAUAACAUCACACUAAUGGGUCAUAACUACAGCAAGCUUGAUGGCAAUGUCAGACCAACUGCACGGGCCUAUGGCAAGGGUGAUGAGAUUCCCAUAUCAAUGGGCAACCCGUGUAGUAAAGAGGAUGUCAAUGUGAUUUCAUUUGGUGGAUUUCAUGAAGAGCAUGACAUUACCGCCACAGCACAGCCUGUUGGAAGCUAUGAGCCAUCAUUCAAUCAAUCUAAAGAUCUAACACUAGAACCAGCCCCUGACAGACAGUUAGGUGCUUUGAAUGCCCAUCCAGUUUCAAGUGCCACUUGGGUAGCCAAAUCAAAAGCUGAAUCACUAUCAAGGAGCAAACCAGAGUUUAAAUCCUCAAAGAAAGAAGCUCCAAACAGCUUCCCUUCAAAUGUCAGAAGUUUGAUAUCAACUGGGAUGCUUGAUGGUGUUCCGGUGAAGUAUGUUUCUUUGUCAAGAGAGGUAACUCUGCAGUUGUUCUUUUGGCUAUUUAUUUAGCUGGAAUUUGCUACCAAGCUUAUGGUUUGAUCUCUGCAUCUUAAAAGGAGCUUUGUGGAACUAUAAAAGGUUCUGGCUAUCUUUGUGGGUGCCAAUCAUGUAACUAUUCUAAGGUGCUGAAUGCGUAUGAGUUUGAGCGCCAUGCUGGUUGCAAAACAAAGCAUCCAAACAAUCACAUAUACUUUGAGAAUGGAAAGACUAUAUAUCAGAUAGUACAAGAAUUGAGAAGCACUCCUGAGAGUUUGUUGUUUGAUGCGAUUCAAACUGUGUUUGGUGCCCCAAUCAAUCAGAAAUCUUUUCGAAUUUGGAAAGGUAAGAAUA